ACACCAGAUAUGAAGAAGGUCCUUCUGUUUCUCCUGUUACUUCACACACAGCUUUCAAGUGCUUUUCCUAUAUCUCCCAAAAGCCUUGAGGAGAAAAAGAUGGCAACUGUUCAGAGGUAUCUAGAAAACUUUUAUGGUAUGCCAAAAAGUGGAGAUAAGAUAAAACGGCAGAAGAAUAGCACUCAGUUGGUUAAGAAGCUUAAAGAAAUGCAGAGGUUUUUUGGAUUGGAGGAGACUGGACAACCAGAUGAGGAAACUAUGGAAGUGAUGGAAAUGCCCAGAUGUGGGGUUCCUGAUGUACUUGGAUAUAAGCUGACUGAAGGAAACCCAAAGUGGAAAAAGAAUGAAAUUACAUACAGAAUUAUAAACUACACACCAGAUUUGCCAAAAGCUGAUGUGGAUUCGGCAAUUGAGAAAGCCAUACAGAUCUGGAGUGGUCCAGCACCCCUGAAGUUCACCAGGAUCAAUAGUGGUGAAGCCGACAUAAAGAUCUCUUUUGUCCGAGGAGAUCAUGGUGACAACUCACCCUUUGAUGGCAAGAACGGAGUCCUUGCACAUGCAUUUCAACCAGGCCAGGGAAUUGGAGGAGAUGCUCAUUUUGAUGAAGAUGAAACUUGGACUGUGAGCUCCAGGGAUUACAACUUAUUCCUUGUUGCUGCUCAUGAAUUUGGCCAUUCAUUGGGCCUUUCUCAUUCCACUGAUCCUGGUGCCUUGAUGUUCCCCUCGUAUUCCUUCUCUGAACCCAGCACUUAUGUACUGCCUCAAGAUGACAUUAAUGGCAUUCAGUUUAUCUAUGGUCAGUCAGAUAAUCCUGUCAAACCUACUGGACCCACUACCCCGGGAACCUGUGACCCACAGUUGACAUUUGAUGCAAUUACCACUCUUCGUGGAGAAACCAUAAUCUUUAAAGACAAGUAUUUUUGGCGAAAGCAUCGCCUAGUAGUGAGGCCUGAACUCCAUAAGAUUUCCUUAUUCUGGCCAUCAUUACCAUCUGGGAUACAAGCUGCUUAUGAGGAUGUUGAAAGGGAUUUAGUUUUUCUAUUUAAAGGUAACCAGUACUGGACUCUAUCUGGCUACGAUAUCAGGCCUGGCUUCCCCAAAUAUAUUUCCGACUUUGGCUUCCCAAGAACUGUGCAAGCCAUAGAUGCAGCUGUUUCAAAUAGUAACUAUGGAAAGACAUACUUCUUUGUAAAGAACCAAUACUGGAGAUUUGAUAAUCGAAGACGUACCAUGGAUCCUGGUUAUCCUAAAAAUAUAGCAGAUAAAUUUCAAGGGUUGACAGGCAAUGUGGAUGCUGUUUUCCAGAAAGAUCACUAUUUCUACUUCUUUAUUGGACCAAUAUACUAUAAAUUUGAUCUCCCUGCUAAAAGAAUCGUUGCUGUUGGAAGAAGCAACCGGUUGUUAAAUUGUAGAUAG